AUGAGUCUCGUGCCAUAUAAAGAGGGCUCAGUGAUAUUGGAUGAUCCCACUUCAAGGUCGCUAGUUAUAGUGUAUCCGUCAAAUGGUUCGCUGGAGUUCUUUGAAAAAGUAUUCGACACAGAGACGGGUGACGUGGAUUCUUCGUGGAAUCAGGCUGCGAAAGCGUCAAUUGCUUCAUUUGUGUGUCCUCAGUGUGGUACCGAAGUCAAUCCGAGCGUUGGGGAUGUCACAGAGGUUAAGGAUGCGUCUGUUGGUGGUAAUAAUGUCUUGGAGGUGCUGAAAGAGCCAAGAACUAGCAGAAGACUGAGGCCGAAGGGUAUUCUUUCUCGAAAGUACUUCAAAUUGCUGGAAAGCAGCCAUAGACAUUAUUCGCUGGAGCAGAACGAACGACCGGCUCUGGGACCUCAACACCAGUUUUUCCUCCCCGAUAACCUUUUCAUCCCCGGUUACUUUCAUAAGUUCUUCAAGACCUUGUCAUUACUGGGGAAUGGAGCCCGGGGCUCCGUAUAUAAGGUUGUGCACAAGAUCGGCGAUAUUGAACUGGGGAUAUUUGCAGUGAAAAAGAUUCCAAUUGGCAAUGACAUGGCCUGGUUUCAAAAAUGUAUUCGGGAAGUGAAAGCUUUGAGCUCUUUGACAAAUCGCAGUGCUAACCUCAUCACGUACAACCAUGUUUGGUUGGAGAUGAAUACUGCUUGUGGGUUAGUGAGGACCUUGGAUGGACGACAAUUGGAUGCUGUUGAGGAUAUCCCCUGCAUAUUCAUUCUUCAGGAAUACUGCAGUGGUGGAAAUCUGGAAGAUUUUAUUUUCAAGGACGUUUUUCACAAGUUCCAGGACCUUCAGUCACCAAAAGAGAGAAAGAAGAAGUUCCUAUAUCGAAGAAGUCAUCCUAACGAAGCGCUGGGUCUCUCGACAGAACAGAUAGUUUCGAUACUCAAAGAUUUGGCCACCGGCUUGCAAGAAUUGCAUGAUAUCGGCCUUAUUCAUCGCGAUUUAAAGCCAUCUAAUUGCCUUUUGCUUGAGGAAAAUAUCGAAGAACGGCCCAUUGCGGAGUACUACCCAACUAUAAUCAUCGGAGAUCUCGGAGAAUGUCAAAUGGAUGGCGAAUCAAGAACGGCAACAGGAGCUACAGGCACUCUGGAGUUCACCGCUCCGGAAGUCAUUAUACCCGGUACCAGCCAGCAUAGACCGACAAACUAUAAUGAGUACACGUUUGCUUCGGACCUGUACUCCUUGGGUAUGAUUUGUUAUUUCAUUGUGUUUGGGGAACUACCUUUCGAAUCUCAGUUAGAGAUUGGCCAGCUGAAGCAUAGCAUUUUGGGAUUCGCUUUAGACAAAUCCUCCUUAAUUAGAAAGCAUGAGGAGAUGCAUUUGAAAGCCAUAGAUAGCAGAAUAUUCGAUUUGAUGCUGCUACUAUUGUCGAAAAACGCAACCGAAAGGCCUGCCGCUGGGGAAGUAAUUCUGUUUUUGGAAAAAUUGACCGACAAAACAGUUCAAGUAGAGUUCAUAAGCAGUCGUGCAAGCAACGAACUAGAGCUCCUAAAGGAUGAUGCCAACUUUUCACUCGAGAACGAGGGCGUUACAGCGGAUUAUCCGAGUGUCGCUGACGAAAAAACAGAAGAAUCGUCGGCAGAAGAGCGGCGGAUGCCAUUGACACAAUACAAGACCAUCCUCUGUAUCGGAAUUAAUUCGGUCCUAACAAUUAUGAUUCUUUCGUCUUCGACAGCGUCGCUUACUGCGCAUUUUUCACUCAUACUGUUGGGCAUCUCCCUGAAGACCAGUCUGAAGUCUCAGAAAUGGAUUCUAUUGGCCCUGUGCGCUAUCCUCAUGAUGGACAGGUACAGCAGAGCCUCGAAUUGA